ACUAAAGGUCGCAUGUUAAUUGUUAGCUUACGGCCAAGAUAUCCUACAGUGCACAUGAGUGCAUUCAGGAUUUCUGAAAGCGAUGAAUGCUUAAUAGUGAAAGAUUGGAGCAAAAUUGUUAACAAUCGCAAAGAAGUACUUGAGGGCAGCAAUCAGAAGCGCAGCCCACGAUUAGGAGACAGGAAACCACGCAGACCAGAGGAGAGGAAAUGCAGAUGCGAUGUGUACCUUCACAAGGAACAACUUGAAACUGAAGUAGCGAGGCAGGAACCGUGGCCGUGGGACAGGUGGAGGGGACCUGCUGCCAGGGCCGAAGCUAGGGAAGACCGAGGGGAGUCGAUUAGGAUGGAGCGCAACAGGGUAGGAAGCUAUCCAGAGUCAGCUGCAGGCAUGCCACCUUGGACCAUGGGGAGGCCACCACCGUGUAUCCGCCUUGGAGGCCAGGGACGGAGCCGGAGCCGAGGAAGAUCCAUGAGGAGAGGAUGGCAUGCGGCUCUCCCAAUCCAUGGUGUAGCCUGCACGCACCUCCCGGCCGGCGAGCCGGAGCGGCGAGCUAGCGCGCCGUGGGAUCUCGGGUGGAGGCUGGAGGGCAGCAUCAGGAGGAGAGAUGGAGACCCAAAAGUACACAUGAGAGAAGAACACAACAAGGAGCUACUUAUAGGCAAGCAAAGAAGGACCCAGAACACAAACGUGUGCAAACCUGGAACUACAAACAUGCAAAGGUGGACACAUGCAUGCAUGCAUCAGCCAUGCAGCAGCACACGUAUACCAGCCCAUACAAUAUUUCUUUUUCACAUGAGACAAAAUCAGCCCAUGCAGUCAAACCAUCUUUUCACAUGA